AUGCUCGCCAGCUCUUUGAACAUCCACCGCGCGAGCCUCAUCGAUGCUUCUCUCCACUCGCCUGCUCUCAUGCAGAUGCUCGACAUCUCCGUCACGCGUGCUCUCAUUGAGCACGUAGUCGACAACGUCGUUGAGACCGUUGACUUUGCGAUGGGACGCCCAUCCACUUCCACACGCGGCCGAUCUCUCUCCCGAGACCCCCACCACGCCGCAUUCACCGCCUUCGCUGCAAAUGUCAUCCACAAAGCGGAGGUCACGGUCCCCGUACUCCUCACCACCCUCGUCUACAUCUCGCGUGCGAGGCCGCACUUGCAGAUCUCGCUCGAGAAGUGGGCAUGCGAGCGCGUCUUCCUCGGCGCGCUGAUUGCCGCGAACAAGUACCUGAACGACCGGGCGCUGAAGAAUGUGCACUGGGCGAUCUGCUCGGGCGUGUUCGGGAAGCGCGACAUCGGUCGGAUCGAGCGGGAGUUCCUAGACGUUCUCGAUUUCGAGCUUGGUGUGAGCGAGGCGGACCUCCUCGCACACCACGCGAACAUCAUGGCGUUCUCCCAGCGCCCUCGCCUGACACGCAUCCGCACUCGCGCACGCACUCCAUUCCCCACUCGUCGCGCGUGCUCUGCAUUCUCGAGCGACUCUAGCGACUCGAGCGACCUCGACUCGGAUUCGGACGACUCAUUUGCGUCUUCUCCUUCGCCAUGCACCCCACCGCAUGCACCAUAUGCGCCUACACCCGCCAAGCCGUCGCUCCCCCGCAUCGCCGACGCGCACGUCGAUACCGUACAGUCGCACCCGAUGUCUGCAGCACUCGAGCUGCUCAUGGCGUUCCCCAUGCCCGCCUCUCAGCCAUGCCAGUCUGCACAUCACUAUCCACGCUUUACCGCUACCACGGCGAUGCUGGCGUGA